UGGUACUGUAGUUUCAUCCGAUAUUCUUAAAGUUCUUUCACUUUCUCCCGAAGAAUAUAGAAAAAGGAAGGUAGCUUUAAUCACCGGUAUUACCGGUCAGGAUGGAUCUUAUCUUACCGAGUUACUUUUAUCGAAAGGAUACACCGUUCAUGGAAUAAUCCGUCGUUCAUCGUCCUUUAAUACAGGAAGAAUCACACAUCUUUACAAAGAUCAACACGAACAUCCAAAGAUGGUUCUUCACUAUGGUGAUUUGACAGAUUCAACCAAUCUUGUGCACAUCGUAUCACAGGUUCUUCCAACAGAAAUCUAUAAUUUGGGAGCACAAUCUCAUGUAAAAGUUUCCUUUGACAUGGCCGAGUAUACU